AAAUUAUAUUAAUUUUGGAUUUAUUAGUCUCUGUAAGCGGAAUUAUCAAUGCACUUUCCAUGAUCUACCUAUUUUAAUUUCACCAAAAGGGUAAAAGAAAAAACAAAACAGAAAUUCCAUCAAUCCCAUUUCCUCUCCGCCGUUACUGCAACAACAAUGUCGACUGAUGAUGGACUGGUGGUGAGAAAUAAGCAGGUGAUACUCAAAGAAUAUGUAACGGGUUUUCCUAAAGAGACAGACUUGUACAUCAACAAUGGCGGCACCAUCGAGUUGAAAGUUCCGGAAGGCUCCAAUGGCGUCCUGGUUAAGAAUCUCUACCUGUCCUGUGAUCCUUACAUGCGAAGUCGAAUGUCCAAUACUCGUGGAUCCUAUGUUGACUCCUUUCAACCCGGUUUGCCGAUAAAGGGAUAUGGCGUGGCGAAAGUUGUGUGUUCCCGGAAUCCAGACUUGAAGAAGGAUGACUUGGUUUGGGGAAUCACAGGAUGGGAAGAAUAUAGUUUUCUUACAGAAACAAAAUCUCUAUUUAAAAUUGAACACAAAGACGUGCCGCUUUCUUAUUAUACAGGAAUUCUUGGUAUGCCUGGUAUGACUGCUUAUGCUGGUUUUUUCGAGGUUUGCUCUCCUAAGAAAGGAGAGUAUGUCUUUAUUUCAGCCGCUUCUGGUGCUGUGGGUCAGCUUGUUGGGCAAUUCGCAAAGUUACUUGGUUGCUAUGUUGUUGGAAGUGCCGGAAGCAAAGAGAAAGUUGAUUUGCUGACGAGUAAGUUUGGGUUUGAUGCGGCUUUCAACUAUAAAGAAGAACCAGACCUGGAUGCUGCCCUGAAAAGGUACUUUCCUCAAGGCAUUGAUAUAUACUUUGAAAACGUUGGUGGGAAAAUGCUGGCAGCAGUAAUUGCCAACAUGAGGGUCCAUGGCCGAAUAGCCUUGUGUGGGAUGAUCUCACAGUAUAACCUAAAGAAGCAUGAAGGAGUGCAUAAUUUGAUCUCUCUAAUUGUGAAACGUAUUCGCAUGGAAGGAUUCCUCGUUUUCGAGUACUACCAUCUUUAUCCCAAGUAUCUCGAAAUGGUUUUGCCAAACAUCAAGGCAGGCAAGAUUGUGUACGUGGAAGACACAGUUGAAGGCCUGGAGAAGGCUCCGGCAGCUCUAGUAGGCCUUUUCGAUGGCCGGAAUGUUGGAAAACAGGUGGUUGUAGUUGCGAGGGAAUGAAUCAGGCAACAUUGAUUCCUGAUAUUCUAGCUGAAAAAAUUGAUGAUUAUAUCUAAUGUUGUUGUGGAGGAAAUGGUUUGCCAAUAAAUCUAGUUAUGUUCUUGAGCUUGAUUGUCA